GUUGGUAGUCACUUAUUUAUCAGGUUGAUAAAGUGAUUGAAAAGAAUGUUAUGGAUAUAUUUAUCACCCCAUUCACAACCAUUCUAUUGUCAACUCUGACCUGUUUAGAUUACUCUUGAGUGAAGUUGAAGUAGGCAAAAAAAAAUUACAAAAAACUGCUAUCACUAAUGCUGAUAAGGGGGCUGCUUGAAAAUUAGACAGAUGAAAGUGUUAAUGGUGUUCAAGAUGGAUUCUAUGAGUCGUAUUGGUUUUGUUCUUCAUUUGUGUUUGACAGCCAAUUUAUUGAGUCAUAUCCAUGGAUACACAAAGUUUGACCUUGCAGAUGAGCGCUGGGUACUGACUUCUCAAGGUCCAGGGUUAGUUAUUACCACAACAGCGAAAGUACCAGGAUCAGUGCACACUGCCUUAUAUAAUGUAAAAGCUAUACCUGAUCCACUGUAUAGAGAUAACGAUGUCAAAUUGGCCUGGGUAGGACGCACAAACUGGAAUUACCGUAAAUUCUUUCCAGUUAACAGCACUAUAACCAAUGCUAAGAGAAUUCAACUUGUGUGUGAAGGCCUUGACACAAUUGCUACAAUUACACUGAAUGAUACUGUAGUAGGUCACUCUGAUAAUAUGUUCGUCAGGAAAGUCUUUGAUGUCACAGACCAGGUCAAGGCUGGUAAUACUAAUUUAGUAAUUAGUUUCAAGUCACCAGUACAAGAGGCAGCAGAACGGGCCAACAGAUCAGAGUAUGUCAUUCCUCCAGAAUGUCCAUCAUCUGUCCAGAAUGGAGAGUGUCAUGUGAAUCAAAUCAGAAAGGAACAAUGCUCAUUCAGCUGGGACUGGGGGCCAUCUUUCCCAACUCUGGGAGUUUGGAAACCCAUUUAUGCUGAGCUAUUUGAUUCAGCCAUUAUUCGAGAUGUUACUGCUGUUGUUAACAAAGUGAAUUCUGAGUGGCAAGUUAUUAUUGAAGCUAUAUUUGAUGUGGUUGGAGACAGCGAGUAUGAAGGGACAAUUACUGCCACUUUGCCAGGAAUAUCUCUUACUUACAGCAUGAAUGUAACACCAAGUGCAUCCAAUAACUAUGUGAAAUUUAUUGUCAAAGUCCCUGAGGCACUUGUCUCCCUUUGGUGGCCUAAUGGAUAUGGAAGUCAAGCAUUGUAUGACCUGAAAGUCACCUUUGCUACUGACUCUGAUGUCACAGAGAGAACCAUUCGUGUUGGUUUUAGAACCGUUGAGCUUGUGCAGACUAAAGUCUCUAACAAUACAGAGCAAGGGCUGACUUUCUAUUUCAAGAUCAAUGGUGUACCCAUUUUUCUAAAGGGCAGUAACUGGAUACCGGCAGACAGCUUCCAAGACAAAAUUACCAAAGAUCAACUGCGCUAUCUGUUAGAAUCUGCAGCUAAUGUCAGCACCAAUGCUAUGAGAGUUUGGGGUGGUGGGGUGUAUGAAUCUGAUGACUUUUAUGAACUGUGUGAUGAGCUGGGUAUCAUGAUAUGGCAGGACUUCAUGUUCAGCGUGGCCUUGUACCCAACAUAUGGAGAAUUUCUAGACUCUGUUUCAACAGAGAUCAAACAACAAGUCUGGAGACUGAAGCCACAUCCCUCCAUCAUUGUCUGGGCAGGAAAUAAUGAGAAUGAAGCUGGGCUUAGACAGAAUUGGUUUGGCACUAACAAAGAUUACAUGUUAUACUACAUUGAUUAUCUAGUCUUGUAUGCCAAGACUAUCAAGCUUAUUAUUGAUGCUGAAGAUCCAACCAGAAACUAUUUAACAUCAAGUCCAUCUAAUGGCCAGGAGACUGUUAUAGAAGGUUAUGUAGCACAGGAUCCAGGAAGUGAAUUUUAUGGAGAUGUGCACUUCUACGAUUACUCUGUGGAUCAGUGGAAUGUAAAAGGUUUCAAAAUUCCUCGCAUGGCAUCAGAAUAUGGAGUUCAGGCCUGGUGUAAUAAUGAAACUCUAGCUGAUGUGUUUACUAGUAAUGACUAUGCUAUGGACUCUGACAUGGUCAACCAUAGACAACAUCAUGGGGGAGGUAACAAAGAAAUGGCUGCUGAGGUCAGUUUACAUAUCAAUUUACCUGUCUCACCAGAUGAAAAACAAAAAUUUAUUGAUUUUAUUUAUUUAACUCAAAUUAAUCAAGCCAUGUGUAUAAGAAGCCAGACAGAACAUUAUAGAAGACAUCAGUCUGAGUUACUUCCUGAUGGUAGAGGGUUAACUAUGGGCGCCCUCUACUGGCAGUUAAAUGAUAUCUGGCAAGCGCCAACUUGGGCUUCCAUUGAUUACUCAGGAUCAUGGAAGAUGUUACACUAUUAUGCAAAGUUGUUUUUUAGGAGGAAUCUUAUCUCCCCUUAUUACCUGGAUGACAAUACAUUAGAUGUAUAUAUAGUGAAUGAUGAAAUAGCUGUUAAAGAAGUCAGAGAUCCUGUCAGUGGCCAAUUGUCACUGCGUCCAAUGAUUCAAAUUAGUGAUUACACAAAUAGUGAGAUUCCAUCGAAAGACACUUCUAAAUAUCUUCAAGGUGCGAUUAAGGCUUCUAGUGGUUACUUAAGAGUAGAUAUCUACCAAUACAGCAGCCUCAGUGCAUUGUAUUCAUGGAAUGUUUCAUACAGUCUGACAACAACAUCUGCUUCAGUUUUCCGUAAGUCUAUUGAUGAUCUGCUGUCCGAGUCAGGUUGUCCAGCUAAAGAGAAAUGUAUACUGUAUUUAUCAUCAACUGACUCUAGUGGUGUUCCUGUCUCAUCAACAUGGUUUGCUUUGACGUAUCCAAAAUAUUCAACCCUACCUCCAGCUAAUGUACAGAUUUCUGGCGUUGUCAAACUGGAUCAAAACACUUUUGAAAUAAGUCUGUCUAGUAAUGUGGUGGCUCUUUAUGUCUGGUUAUCCACUGACAUUAAAGGACGUUUUUCGGAUAAUGGAUUCCCCAUAUUUGCUGCAAAUACAAAAGUCUUGUUCUUCCCUGCAUCUGAUGUCACAGAGGCAGAAUUAACUUCACAGCUCAGAGUAAGAUCUUUGACAGAUGUGAAUAACAACAACUCGACUAAUACUGUCAUAGGCUAAAAGAAUAUUUAGUUUGUCUGACAAUUGUUGUUUAGGAUAAAAUAUAACAAUUAUAUUUACAUUGAUGAUAAAGUGAAAUAAAAGUUUAUUGAACAUUUUA